AUGGGUUCCAUAAAGCCCAUCACCCAUCCACCAAGAUCGUUUCUGAUUACUCCUCCCAGGUCCAGGAUUGCCCCGUUUACAUUGAACUUUGGUCUCACACAGUGCAAUUUAUGGAAGGACAAAUCCCUCAGGUGCAGUGGCGUAGCCACAUAUAGCUCAGGGUGGUCAGUCAGACAUUCUUUGUCGAAAAAUCAUACUAUAUCUUGUGAUGAUCUUGAAGAUCUACCGCUGCAAAUGGAGAAGUUGAUCAGCUUGCGUUACCUCAACAUUAGCAACACUUGUCUCUUGAAGAUGCCGUUCCAUCUGAGCAAGUUGAAAAGUCUCGAUGUGCUAGUGGGUGCCAAGUUUCUUAUAAGUGAUUGCGGUGUUUUGAGGAUGGAAGAUUUGGGUGAACUGCAUAACCUGUAUGGAUCUCUAUCAAUUCUAGAGUUGCAAAAUGUGGUUGAUAGAAGGGAAGCUUUGAAGGCAAAGAUGAGUGAGAAGAAUCAUGUUGAAAAAUUAUCAUUGGAGUGGAGUGGAAGUAGUACUGCAGACAAUUCACAAACUGAAAGAGACAUACUUGAUGAGCUAUGCCCACACACAAACAUAAAAAAAGUCGAAAUCACCGGAUAUAGAGGGAAAUUUUUUCCAAAUUGGCUAGCUGAUCCUUUGUUUUAUAAGCUGGUGAAAUUGCCUCUUUGCCACUGCAAGGACUGUGAUUCCUUGCCAGCACUAGGGCAACUCCGUUCUUUGAAAUUCCUUUCCAUUAGAGAGAUGCAUGGAAUAACAGAGGUCACUGAAGAAUUCUUUGGUAGUUGGUCCUUCACAAAGCCUUUUAAUUCUCUUGAGAAGCUUGAAUUUGAAGAUAUGCCGGAGUGGAAGCAAUGGCACGUACUAGGAAAUGGAGAGUUCCCUGCACUUGAGAAGCUUUCAAUUCAAAAUUGUCCGAAGUUGAUUAGGAAGUUGCCUGAAAAUCUUUCUUCUCUAACAGAAUUGAUAAUUUCAAGAUGUCCUGUACUCAAUUUGGAGACACCUAUCAAACUUUCAAAUUUACAAAUAUUUGAUGUUGAUGAUUCUCCUGUUUUUGAUGACAGUCAACUGUUUGGAUCUCAACUUGAAGGAAUGAAGCAGAUUGAGGGAUUAUAUAUUGGUGAUUGUAACUCUCUCACCUCCUUUCCUUUUAGCAUUCUUCCGAGUACCUUGAAGGAAAUAGGCAUAUUUCGUUGCCAGAAAUUGAAAUUGGAGGCACCAGUUGGUGAUAUGAUUUCUAGCAGUUAUUGUAACAUGUUUCUCGAGAAAUGGACACUGUGUGGAUUUGACACUUUUAUAGAUGAUAUAUCACCUGAGUUGGUCCCAAGAGCACGCAAAUUGGAUGUAUUUAGUUCCCAGAACCUUACUAAGUUUUUUAUUCCUACUGCUACUGAUAGUCUCAGUAUUUGGAAUUGUAAGAAUCUUGAAAAAGUUUCAGGGGCCUGUCAGAUGACACAUUUGCGUAUUAUCCGAUGUUCGAAGCUGAAGUGGUUGCCAGAACAUAUGACGGAGCUCCUUCCUUCUCUUAAGGAACUACAUCUGUCUUAUUGUCCAGAAAUAGAGUUCUUUCCAGAAGGAGGAUUGCCUUUCAAUUCACAAAAGCUUGAGAUCCGUAAUUGCAAGAAACUAGUGAAUGGACGAAAGGAAUGGCGUUUACAGAGACUCUCCUGUCUCAGAGAGUUAUGGAUCAAUCAUGAUGGCAGUGACGAAGAGAUUCUUGCCGGUGAGAAUUGGGAGUUGUGUUCCUCUAUUCAAAGGCUUGAGGUAUCCAAUAUGAAAACAUUAAGCAGCCAACUUCUCAAAAGCCUCUCAUCUCUUGAAUAUCUAUGCAUUGCUGAUAUACCUCAAAUUCAGUCAAUGGUGGAAGAAGGGCUUCCCUCAUCUCUUUCUCAGCUCCAUUUAAAUGACCAACAUCAACUCCAUUCACUACUGACAGAAGGUUUUCGGUACCUCACUUCACUUCAAAGUCUAGUCAUCUCCUCCUGCCAUCAACUCCAGUCUCUUUCUGAUGAAGUUUUCUUUCACAUGGCCUCUAGUAGCUCUCCUCUUUCACCCCCUAUCUUUAAUGGCGAGAACUACCAAGUUUGGGCAGUGAAGAUGAAAACAUACUUGAAGGGUCUUGGAUUAUGGAAGUAUGUUGAGGAAGACAGCGCUCCAGAGCCUUUGAGAGCAAACCCAACUCUUCAGCAGAUCAGAAGUCAUGAAGAAGAGAUUGCAAAAGGUCCAAAAGCCCUGUCUUUCAUUCACGCAGCUAUCUCAGAUUCAAUUUUGACCAGGAUCAUGACAUGUGAAUCUGCCAAAGAAGCUUGGAUAUGCUGA